AUGUCGGAUAGCGAUCUGACUACUGGAAGGGAGUUUGUCAAUCGCAAGCUGCCAAGAAAAGAUCUUGAUUUUAAGCGGGACAGCCGCACUUCAGAGGUGGGUGGGUCCAUUUUAUCAGCCGUUAAUGUCGGUGGCGGAUUUCACCAUUGUUCGGCGGAGGAAGGGGAUGGGUUUUGUGUCUACGCUGAUAUUACACUCUGCAUUCAGUUUGCAUUCGUCCCGUUAAAUAUUUCAAGAGUAAUGAUCAUUGAUCUGGAUGCUCACCAAGGAAAUGGCCAUGAAAAGGAUUUCGCUAAUGAUGGAAGGGUUUACAUUUUGGACAUGUACAAUGCUGGAAUUUAUCCCUUCGACCACGCUGCUAAGCGGCAUAUUGAUCAAAAAGUCGAGUUAGUUAGUGGGACAAAAACAGAUGAUUACUUGGAUCAGCUUGACAAUGCUCUCAAGGUCGCACAAAGUAGAUUUCAGCCCCAGUUGAUUGUUUAUAAUGCUGGAACAGACAUCCUGGAUGGUGAUCCAUUGGGGAACUUGAAUAUAAGUCCUGAACGUGUGGUGAUUAGAGAUGAGAAGGUGUUCAGGUUUGCAAAAGAUCAAAACAUUCCCCUUCUCAUGCUGACAUCAGGCGGCUACAUGAAGUCGAGUGCACGAGUAAUUGCAGAUUCGAUUAUCAAUAUCUCACAGAAGAACUUUAUACAACUAGGUAACCAGCUAGGCUAAAGGAACACCUGCCAG